AUGCCUUCUCUUCGCCAGACGGAACCUUCAGAGUCUGACUCUCAACCAGCCUCUUCCGCUGGCCCUCUACCUGGCUUCACGAGUGUGUCUAAGAACUCUACCGCUGCCACGCCUUCGCAAAGCCUAACUGAUGCCCUCAAUGACCUCGCCAAGUCUCGCUUGACCGCAGGCGCCAUUAACACACCCAACACCGCCCGGACUUACACUUCCACCUCUAGCAAUGACACAACUUCAUCUGAUAUGGCCGCUACCAUUCUCGCCUCAACUUUACAGUCGCCAUGUUUCUACCAUCAGCGAUUUGCUGAUGCUGUCGACAUCGGCAAGGUCCUCGAGGAAAUCAAGAAUGAUGUUUCCAUGUCACAUUCGCGUCUUGUCGCGACUGCAACUGGUGUUCGAGAGGUUUCCAAGCAGCUUCAGCGUCGUCCCAUCAAGCGCGCAGUCCGCAACAUCAUGAUUGUCACCAAGGCACGCGACAACCAGCUCGUCUACCUUACUCGCGAGCUUGCCGGGUGGCUUCUGCGAACCCCACGUUAUGGCUCCGACCUCGGCGUGAAUGUCUACGUCGAUGCUAAGCUUCGCAACUCACGACGUUUUGAUUCAUCUGGUCUCCUCGCCGAGAACCCCCGCUUCCAGCACAUGCUCAAGUACUGGACACCCGAUCUGUGCUGGAGUCAGCCUGAGAAGUUCGAUCUUGUCUUGACUCUUGGUGGCGAUGGUACCGUCCUCUUCACCUCAUGGCUCUUCCAGCGCAUUGUACCUCCUGUGCUCUCAUUCAGUCUGGGAAGUCUAGGUUUCAUGACCACGUUUGAGUUUGAGAAGUACAAAGAACAUCUCAACAGAGUCAUGGGCGAUGAUGGCAUGAAGAUUAACCUCCGCAUGCGCUUCACGUGUACUGUUCAUCGCAGCAAUCGUGGAGCCGGUGCUUUGGACGCACCCAAGCUCGAAGAACCCGAGCAAUUCGAAGUUCUUAACGAACUCGUCAUCGAUCGUGGUCCUUCCCCCUAUGUGUCCAACCUGGAGCUCUAUGGUGAUGAUGAACUCCUCACUGUUGUACAAGCCGAUGGUUGCAUCUUCUCCACCCCAACUGGCUCUACAGCAUAUUCUCUAUCUGCCGGUGGCGCUCUUGUUCACCCUGACAUUCCUGCCAUCCUUCUUACACCCAUCUGCCCUCAUACCCUAUCAUUCCGACCCAUGGUCCUUUCUGAUACCAUGGCUCUCCGAGUUGUUGUUCCUCGGAAUUCUCGAGCCACUGCCUAUUGCGCUUUUGAUGGCAAGGGUCGACUCGAGCUGCGACAAGGUGACCACGUCACAAUCACUGCCUCUCAGUACCCCUUCCCUACUGUGACACGCACCGAUACAGAGUGGUUUGACAGCGUGAGCCGUACUCUCCGCUGGAACGUCAGAGCUUCCGCACAGAAGCCUUUCGAUGCCGACACCGGAGAUAGUUGCAACGAUGAUGACGAUAUCGGUUGGGACAUUGACACCGACAGUGCAUGCUACGCAAGUGAAGAUGGGAGUGUCAGUGCCAGCCCCAUCCGUCGGCAAAUGAGCCUUCUAGGUAUGUGA